GUCAUGCAUGGACAACUUCACACCACUGGGUCAUGAUGGAAUGUGGUUGUUUGAGGCCAGCCCAGCUGGGCAAGCUGGAGACCUAGUCUUGGUAGGAUGCAAUGCACCAACCGGCGCACUGAUGAUUACCGACUUUGUUGCUACCUCGCACCUCCCAAGUGGAUUGCUAUGCUGGCACGGGCAGUCAUAAGCUCGACAAGAAUUGCUUUCACCAUGGCGAUCUCGGCUAGGCAGCGCGCACUCUUCUCCCCGACUCGCUCGACGCCGCCCUCCCAGCUAACACGGGAUCACAACCAUGAGAUUUCUGUCGUCGGCACUGCUUCUUGCGGCGGCCGUCACUGCUGCCGACAAGGGACGCCCCAGUCUUAAGGAUUCCGUCUACAAGAACCCAAAGGCCUCAGUCGACGCUCGCGUGUCCGACUUGCUCUCCCGGAUGACCAUCGAGGAGAAGGCAUCCCAGCUCCUGCAAGGCGACAUACGCAAUUGGAUGAAUGAGACCACCGGUGCUCUCAACCAGACAGGCCUGGAAUGGAGCACCCGAUACCGAGGUAACUCCUUUUACGUCGGCGUCCCGGUGCCAAAUGAAUGGCUCUCGGAGCACAUCAAGAAGGCGCAGGACUACAUCCAGAACCAGACCUAUCUCGGGAUCCCAGCAUUCGUUCAGACCGAGGGCAUACAUGGAUUCCUCGCCCACAAUGCGACCAUCUUCAACUCUCCCAUUGCCCAUGCGUGCUCCUGGAACCCAGCUCUGGUGCAAGAUAUGGCCGUCGUCAUUGCCAAGGAGGCCCGCGCCAUUGGUGUAAACCAACUGUUUGCUCCCGUCGCUGACCUUGCACGCGAACUUCGCCACGGCCGCGUCGAGGAAACGUACGGCGAGGACGGGUUUCUUGCCGGAGAGUUCGCCCAUGCCUACGUCAAAGGCGCUCAGUCUGCUGGCGUCAGUGCCAUGGUCAAGCACUUUGCCGCCUUUGGCUCGACAGAACAGGGCCUCAACACGGGGCCGGUCCAUGGCGGCGAGAGGGAGAUGCGCACCACAUUUCUCCCUUCGUACAAGCGAGCCAUCGUUGAUGGCGGCGCCUUUUCCAUCAUGACGGCCUACCACAGCUACGACGGCAUUCCAGCCGUGUCGGAUCCCCAUCUGCUCACCGACAUCCUGCGGGACGAGUGGCGAUACAAGUACUUCACCAUGACGGACGCCGGCGCCUCGGACCGCCUGUGCAAGGACUUCAAGAUGUGCGCGGCGAACCCAAUCGACAAAACUGCCAUUGUUCAGUACAUUCUCCCGGCCGGCGGCGACGUGGAGAUGGGAGGCGGUUCCUACUCCUUUCAGGAGAUACCUGCGCUGGUGGCCAGCGGCAAGAUCAAAGAGAAGCUUGUGGACACGGCGGUCUCGCGCGUUCUCAAGGCCAAGUUUGAGCUCGGCCUCUUCGAGACCCCCUUCCCGGGCCUCCCGUCCGAGGAAGCGAACAAGGUGAUCCAUGCUGCCGACCACGUCGCCUUGGCCCAGAAGCUGGAUGCGGAGUCCAUCGUCCUCCUUGAGAAUCACAACAAUGUUCUUCCAUUGCGCAAGGAUGCUUCCGUUGCCGUUAUUGGACCCAUGGCACAUGGCUUCAUGAACUAUGGAGAUUAUGUCAUCGUCAACUCGUCGACCCGCGGUGUUACGCCGCUUGAUGGCAUCAAAACUGUCAGCCAGGGUACGGUCACCUAUGCCAAGGGCUGCGAGCGUUGGUCGACCUCGCAGGCCGGAUUCGCCGAGGCCAUCGCGGCUGCUGAGGCUGCCGACGUUGCUGUGGUUGUGGUGGGCACAUGGUCUCGUGAUCAGAACGAGCUGUGGCAGGGUCUCAACGCUACAACGGGGGAGCACGUUGACGUCAACAGUCUUGACUUGGUCGGCGCCCAAGAACCGCUCGUACGUGCCAUCGUUGCGACGGGUAAGCCCACCGUUGUCGUCUUUUCGUCCGGCAAGCCCAUCACGGCGCCGUGGAUCUCGGAGAAUGCCGCCGCCCUCGUCCAGCAGUUCUACCCGUCCGAGCAAGGAGGCGCCGCCCUGGCGUCUGUUCUCUUCGGCGACGUCAACCCCAGCGGCAAGCUCGCUGUCAGCUUCCCCCGCUAUGUCGGCGAUCUGCCCAUCUACUACGAUCACUGGAACUCGGGCCGCGACGCCAACCCCGACGCCGGCAUGGCCCACGAGAACGGCACGCUCGUCUUUGGUCACCAGUAUGUCCUGGGCGACCCGAGACCGCUGUAUGAAUUCGGCUACGGUCUCAGCUACUCCGCCUUCGAGUACAGCAAUGUUGCUGUGGACAAGCAGUCGGUCAGCGCCAAGGAUACCGUCACUCUCAGCGUUACCGUGAAGAAUGCGUCCGACAGAGACGGCCAAGAAGUUGUACAGCUGUACGUGAAAGAUCUGAUCGCCAGUGUUGUGGUGCCCAACAUUCAAUUGAAGGGCUUUGAGAAGGUGUCUCUGAAGGCUGGGGAGAGCAAGCGGGUCAGCAUCAAGGUGCGGAUGCAGGAUCUGGGGGUGUGGAACGCGAGGAUGAAGUACGUCGUUGAGCCUGGUGACUUUGUGUUCCUUGUCGGCGCUUCGAGCAACGAUUUCAGGGGCAACGUAACUGUUACCUUAAAGUAAGUCGGCAUCCGUAUAGCGGAUCAUAGCUUUAAGACGCACUCCGACGCCACCUUGCCCCUUAUCGGGCAAGUUAAAGGGACUUUAAGUUAGGUCUCUAACAUGCUGAAGCUGCCAGUGUGGAAUGCACCAUAUACUUACUCCCUGCCAGGGUUCACGAGUCCCGUUUUCUCUGAUCCAUGUAUUGAUAUCAACUGCAAUCUGGCCCAAGACUGACGGCUCACUCUUCGAACCAGCAGAAUGUACCGC